CUUAAAAACAGCGAGUCUAGAAACAUCUCUUAGCCUCAAAAUCAGAUUAGAUUACCUUCUUCUUCUUCUUCUUCUUCUUCUUCUUCUUCUUCUUCAGUCACCGAUUUGAUCGAGAAAAUGAGUUGGUGGUGGGCUGGCGCCAUCGGAGCUGCCAAGAAGAAACUCGACGAAGAUGAGCCGACGCAAAGCUACGAGAGCGUCGCACUCAUCAUCGGCGUCACCGGAAUCGUCGGAAACAGCCUGGCCGAGAUCCUCCCUCUCUCCGAUACACCCGGCGGUCCAUGGAAAGUCUACGGCGUCGCUCGCCGUCCUCGACCUAGCUGGAACGCCGAUCAUCCAAUCGAUUACAUCCAGUGUGAUGUCUCCGACGCCGAAGAAGCCCGAUCCAAGCUUUCCCGUCUAACCGACGUCACACACGUCUUCUACGUCACCUGGACCAACCGAUCCUCCGAGACCGAAAACUGCGACGCGAACGGCUCAAUGCUCCGCAACGUCCUCCGUGCCGUCCUCCCAAACGCGCCGAAUCUCCGCCACGUUUGUCUCCAGACGGGGACCAAACACUACAUCGGCCCUUUCGAUAACCUCGAGAAGAGAUCUCAGCGUCACGAUCCGCCGUUCACGGAGGAUAUGCCGAGAUUGCAGAUCCAGAAUUUCUAUUAUACUCUGGAGGAUGUUCUGUUUGAAGAGAUCAAGAAGAAAGAAAGCGUGACUUGGUCUGUGCAUAGACCCAACACGAUCUUCGGAUUCUCUCCGUAUAGUUUGAUGAACAUUGUGGGUACUCUCUGCGUCUACGCGGCGAUAUGUAAGCACGAAGGGUCUAAGUUGGUUUUUCCGGGGAGCAAGAAGGCGUGGGAAGGUUUCACGGCAGCUUCAGACGCGGAUUUGGUGGCGGAGCAGCAGAUUUGGGCUGCGGUUGAUCCUUACGCAAAGAACGAGGCGUUUAACUGCAACAACGCUGAUAUGUUCAAGUGGAAACAUCUUUGGAAGGUUCUUGCUGAGCAGUUUGGGAUCGAGGAGUAUGGAUUCGAGGAAGGGAAGAAUCUGGGGUUGGUGGAGAUGAUGAAAGGGAAAGAGAGAGUGUGGGAGGAGAUGGUGAAGGAGAAUCAGUUGCAGGAGAAGAAGCUUGAUGAAGUUGGUGUGUGGUGGUUUGCUGAUGUUAUACUUGGUGUUGAAGGAAUGAUUGAUAGUAUGAACAAGAGCAAAGAACAUGGCUUCCUUGGUUUCAGGAACUCCAACAACUCUUUUAUCUCUUGGAUUGACAAGUACAAGGCUUUCAAGAUCGUUCCUUGAUUCAUCUUUUCUUUGAAAGAUGUUUCUCUGUUUUCUUCUUCGAUUUCAUGUUCAUGUUUCUCCCAAAAUCUCAGUUUUUUUUUGUUGUCUGCAAAAAGAUCAAAUAAUAGCGGAUUUGCCUUUUGUCUGUAAUUUUUUUUCUUCUAUGAAUAUUCCAUCUCUACUCUUGUAAACCCUUUUGAACCCU